AUGGAAAUCGGAGUACAAAAAUAAACAGAUGAGGAAAAGCAAGUCUAAAAAGGAUAAUUCAACAAACUGAAUGAUAGUGGUGAUAAAAGGCAAACAGGAUAUUGUGGAUUUCUGACAGUUGAAUAUUACACUCCAUAUUUCAAUGUCACGGAAAAUGAUGUUAUACAAAGAGUCAAAGCCACAUUUCUUCCAUUUCGUCCAGAUUUUCUGAACAUUACCAAAGAUAACCCAGAUUUAUGGGGACCAAUAUGGAUCAAUGCUACUUUGAUUUUUAUGAUUACGGCUAUCGCUAAUUUGAGAUAAGUAGACUCAGAGAAAGAGAACCAAUCCUUUGACGUCGGUUAUGUUCCUUAAGCAACGGCCUUGUUAUACAUAAUUGCAUUCGGAACUCCUGCGAUUUUAGCUGUUGUUAUGAAGGUCUUAGGAGUGGACUUAAGUUUCUUCCAAACCAUCUGCUUAUAUGGUUAUUCCAUGUCAACACUGUUACCCAUCACAAUUCUAUGUUACUUUUAGAAUGAAUUGUUUUUAUGGCUAAUUAUAACAUAUGGAGUUGGAAAUUCAAUAUUAUUCUUAAUUUUCAAUUUAAAAGAAGAACUAGAUAAAUUAUAGAUUCAAAAAAAGUAUAUCAUAAUAGCCAUAGUAGUUACAAUGCAAUUGUCUCUGUAUUUAUUUUAUAAAUUGGUGUUCUUUUCUUAUGUGUCAGAAGGCAAUGUAGAAACUACAACUACUAGUGCUUCAUCAGAACCAAAAGAACCAGCAAAUUGAUUGUUCUAAAUUCAUAUUGUACGAUGAUAUCAUAAUUCAACUUU